AUGGCGGGCCCCGCGCGCCCCGGCCGUCGGCUGGACGCGUUCCUGCGGCGGCGCCUGGCGCCCGCGGCCUACGAGCGGGUGCGCGCCUGCGAGCUGUGCGUGGUGGGCGGCGGCGCGGGCGGGCGCGCCCUGCGGCACGUGGUGCUCAGCGACCGGCGGCUCUACCUGGCCGAGCACCCGCCCCGCCGGCUCCGGCGCGUCGCGGCGCUGCGGGACGUCGCGGCCAUCGAGCUGAUCGAUGACUACCCGGAAUUUUUGAGUCCACGAGACAGAGAGACUAAUCAGCACAUCCGUAUCAUCUACUAUCCCACCGCUCUGAAGAAGGAGAGCGAGCGACCGAAAGGGGUCAGGAAAUUCUUUCCAUUUCCUCCUGUCCGUCCUAACGGCAAACAAGGUGCUUCCCGGAGAGCAGCACGCCACCCCAGGCGCCGGCCCUCUGGUCUCCUGCCCACGUCUCCCGUCAAGGCCAACGCGCCUCUCGGCCCCUCCCGAUGCCCUGGGAGCAGCGGCCAGUCCACGCCCGGCCCCGGCCGGCCGGCCAGCACGCCGUCCUGCAGGGCGGCCAGCACGGAGCCCCAGGGACCUCUGCCUCACAAAGGCUCUCCGCGUGAAGCCCCUUUCAGGCACGGCGAGAGCGGACCAGAGUCUGUCUUAGGAAACGCCUCCCUGUCCUCGCCUGCACGCGGCAGCCCCGGCCUAGAGAAGAAGCAGGCCCAGCUGCAUCUGUACAUUGUUUCCAGAACGUCCUCCAUGUACCUGCACCUGAGGAGCUCGUGGAACAAUUACAUUAUAAAAGCCACCCUCUUACAAGACCCCCUGUAUGCCAGCGCGCUCAGCUCUGCUGGAAGAGGUCAGAGGCCGUACAGAUCUGAAGAGAAAAUGAAGUACUUCAGUCAACUUAAAUCUGAACUUUUCCUUAAAGACAAUACCUUGAGGAAGACAGUGUGUUUAGUUACAGAACUUAAAGCUGCAGCCCAGAAAAACUUCAUUCUGAAAAGACUUUUCUGGAAAACCAGUGACCUGUUCCAUUUCCUUGUGGACAAACUUCAUGAGUAUUUGCCAGAGUCUAGGGAUAAGAACACACUUCAGAAUAAAAGCCAAAGGGCUGAUGAGCUGGUGGCGUGCAUUGAAAUUGUGCAGACUCUGGGACUGAUGUUCAGAGAAACAGAAACCGAGUCAUCGCGCCUGAGCACGCUGGCAGCUAAGAAGGGAAUACUUUUUAAUCUCUUGGUAAUCUUAAUUAGUGAGCCUCAGAUUCCAAAGUCUUGUCCUGUGGUUGAUAUCCAGCUGGUGGCUGAUUCAACUUUAGUUGAGAUGUCCUUUGAUGCUGAGUUACAGAAGCUUCUUCAGGAAUAUACAGAUACAGCUACAGCACUUCUAUUUGAGAUACUUCUUGUCUCUCAGCAGGGAAAUCUUGGGUUGGGACCAACACUGGCUAUUGGCUGGGUGAUGUCCUUCCUGCAGGGCUGUCCUCCCAUAGUUUCUUUCGUGGCCAGCAUGGUGAAGCAGAUGGUGAAGGGGCUUUCGGCUCCGUGCCAGCUGCUCAGUCCUGGCCAGGCCGUGCUGCUGUACCAGCGGUUCUACAUCCUCAAGAGCUGCCUGCAGUACAGCGGGACUCUGGCCGAGCACAUCAGGAAUGACUACACCGAAGAGUUCAGGUACUUCAUUCACGGGCCAGCGCUGGAAAGAAGGCUCCCGCCGUGCUACCCCGUGGCCCCGCUCACCGCGCAGCUGCUCCACCACGUCCGGAAACUGCUCCACCAGAAACAGCGUGAGAAAUGUUAGGAGGAGAGCCGAACGCCAAUCUGGAGGCCGCUUAAUAUUGAUGAGAAAAGCUUUUUUGGUUUGUUUAUUAUCUGACUCCCCCCGGGGCCUGUGAGCCAAGGCUCUGCCGAGAGCCUGUCAGCGCCGCGUGGAAGGCGCCGCGGGGGUUUUUAUACCGGCUGUGGAGUAGAAACUUUACAUGGAUUGACAGACACAAGGCGGUACUAAGAACGAGUGUUUCUAGAACGAUAAAUAGUCUCUCAAGUGAUACAAACCGCAACGGGAGCCAGAAGCCGAGGGAGCAGGCCGAAGCGAGCCAGGGGGGCCGCGUGUGCUGAGGGGCCAGAGCGCCGAGGGGCGGCAGCUGUACGGUGGUCAGGGGAGGGCCGAGCAGUAGGGUGACAGCCGCCGCCUCUGCUGCACAAAUCCCAGUGCCGCCCACCAGCGCACAGGGGCGACAGCACGGCCGGCACAGCGCGGGAAGGGCGGUCCCCGUGUUACGGGUGAGGCACGGGGAUGAGGCGUGGACGCGAUGUGCCCUCGGGUGGGCGCCGCUGGGCACC